AUGGGAAUCAUCAACUUUUUACAGGAAGGAGAAGAAGCAAAUGCUGCCGUUCUAGUCCCAUCUGAGAGUAAGACACUGCAUCUAUAUGAAGCCAGAUACCUAGCUCUGCUCGAGGAGUCUUUAUUAAGAAAGAAGUUGUUUGUGCAUUUUGUGUUGGAUCCUAUUCUCAUUAGCAAGUCAGGAACUGAAGCAUCCUUUGCGGCUAGAUAUGGCUGUUUGGUCAAUGUAGAAAAUAUUGAACGCUUAGAUGUUGGAGCAUUAAUCUCCAUAAGGGGAAUUGGCCGUGUCAAGCUUGUAAAUUUUGUACAGUCAGAGCCUUACCUGAUAGGUGAAGUCGUACCAAUGCAGGAUAAGGUUAUUGACAGUGCAAAUAAAAUUAGCUCCAAAGUUAUAGCAGUGAAGGAGGCUCUUCGUAGUUUGAAUAGCUUGGAAAUCAAACUAAAGGCUUCCAAAGAUGCAUUGCUGCAAACCUGUAUCGCAAACUCUCUAACAUGGGCUGAGAAGGAACCAUCCCUGGAAUGUGAUCCAGCUUUCAUCCCGUCCCCGGCUGAGCGUAUAUCAUUUGCAGCAUUCCAACCUAUUACAAGAUCUACACAAUCAGAAACAUUCAAUUUGCAGCAACAGAAGUUAAGAGCAAUGGAUCUGAAAGACACGCUACAAAGGCUGGACAAUUCACUAGAAUUAGUUAAUGAGAAUAUCUCCAUGGUAGCAGCCAAGCUUGCUAUCCAAUCGCUAGAGAUGCAGAGAGCCACUGACAUGGGAUUUGUCUCCACCGCCUGUUCUUUCUCAAUCACCAUCACCACUACUACCACAAUGACUAGCAGAAAGCCAUCUCUCCUCCACCACGACGACCGGCACAGCAGCCGCCUUCACUUCUUUUCAAAGGGUUCUCCUCUUCUUCCUAGGAAAUGCAGUUUUAAUCCUUGGAGAUCAUGCAGAGGGAAUACUGCCUGCAGAGUUUCUUCCAGCCUAUUGAAAGUUGAAGAUGAUGUAGAUGAUGAAGCUUGUGAGUUAGUCAGUGGAUUGGAACUUUCAGUAGGGGAAGGUGAUGAUAGCAUCAAUGCUUAUCUGUUGAAGGCAGUGAAGAACAAUAAUGGAACUGGGGUAUUGCUCUUGUCUGAUAUUUUCGGGUUCGAAGAUCCAUCGACAAGAGAUUUCGCAUACCGUGUUGCCUGUAAUGGCUACAACGUUCUAGUUCCAGACUUGUUUCGUGGGGAUCCAUGGACAAAAGACCGGCCAAUGGCUACGUUGGAACAAUGGAUCGCAGAACAGAAACCAGAGAGGGUCGGAAAAGACAUUGAUGCAUCAGCAAAAUGGAUGAUUGAUGAAUUUUUAGCCGCAGGAAUCUCAAAGAAGCUUGGCAUAAUUGGAUUUUGCUUCGGAGGAGGCCGAGUCAUAGAUGUGCUAUCCAGAGAUCAGGGAGCUUAUUUUGGCGUCGGGGUAUCCUUCUAUGGUACGAGGAUGGACCCUUCUUUAGCCUCCAAUAUAAAGGUUCCUGUGCUGUUUAUUUCAGGAGAUAAUGACCGUCUUUGUACAGUCGGUAUCUUGAAAGACGUCGAGAAGAGCAUUGGUCAGGGUUCGAAGGUAGUAAUUUUUGAGGGAAGAGGUCAUGGCUUUGCUCAUCGUCCGAACUCUCCUGAAGAAGAUACAGAUGCAGAGGAGGCUUUUGCAAUCGUGAGAAAUUGGCUGCAUGAUGGUUUGGUUGUACAAAAAUGA